UUUAAAGCUUUCACUCUCCCUCACAUUCACACUACAUACUCUCCCAUGUCUUAUAAAUUUCAAUCUUCUUCUUCUUCUUCUUCUUCUUCUUCAGCAGAUUAGGGUUUCUAAUUCCACUUUCAAUUCCUCCAAUUCUCCCAUUCUUCUCCUCAAAUGACUUCUCAAUCCUCACUUCACUACGGUUCCCUUCCUUCCACCUCUUCCCCACCCUCCUCCACUGCCGCCUUCCUCUCACGCGCCAGAGCCUCCACCCUCUCCGCCUACUCCACCCGCCGCCCAUGGCCUCAAUUCUUCCACCUCCACUCCCUCAGCCGCCCCUUAUCCUUCGGCGAAGCCACCAUCCGCCUCAAACGAAACCUGGCCUACUUCCGUGUUAAUUACGCCAUGGUUAUUCUCGUAAUUCUCUUCCUCAGCCUGUUGUGGCACCCCGUUUCAAUGAUCAUCUUUUUAAUUGUCUCCGUCGCGUGGUUCUUUCUUUACUUCUUUCGCGAUCAGCCGUUGGUGAUUUUCCACCGUCAGGUGGACGAUCGCGUGGUGUUGGGAGUUCUUUCUGUUGUGACGAUUUUGUCCUUGGUUUUCACGCACGUGUGGUUGAACGUCUUGGUUUCGCUGUUGAUUGGGGCGUUUCUGGUGUGUGUACACGCGGCGUUUCGAGGGACUGAGGAUUUGUAUUACGAUGAAGGUGACGGUGCUGAUAAUGGGAUGUUUUCUGUUGUGGGGAGCCCCCCCGGAGUUGGCUAUAGCCGCGUUUAGUUCAUUUUGAUUAUCAAUUCGUGGUGGUUAGUCAGAAUUUUUUUUUUCUUUCUUUUUUGAAAUUUUUUUUUCUUUUUUUUUUUUUACUUGGUUACAUUAAAUUUGUGGUUGUAAAUGUUUAUAUAGGUUUCUCUUUAUAAACGGAGAGUUGAAUAAGUAGAUGUUAUAGUAUUCAAGUGAGGCAAUUUAAUUUUAAUGUGAAUUUUGAUGCCAGUGUCUCUCUUAUUGUGUAUGAAUUGAUUUGUCCAUUUUAGAUUCAA